AUGGUGAAGUCUAAACAAACCUGCAAGAAGUCCACCGGUGGCACCGCAGCCACGAAUUGCCUUGUCGUUGCCAGGCAUCUACUGAGCGGUCACUGCGCCGGUGCACACGCGGUGCAGGCCGAUGACGUCACGUUCGUCUGCAUAUCUUGCCAUGUUGGCAUGGAACGACACGGGCGCGCAUCUCAGUCGCCCUAUUUUGGUUUUUACAGGAAGGGGCAACCGCUCCUUCCUUCAUUCCUCCAAAUUCGUGCUACGUUGGAGGUUUCACUCCAUUCCCAACUGUCUUCGGCACCCACGCUCAUGCUCCAUCUCGUCCUCGUCGACCACGACGUCACCGGCGGCUGUUUCGAACUGGCCUCCGAAUUCCUUCGGCCAUACUUCCCCAGCGGAGGGUUUGAAUUUCGGUCCAUCGUGUUCGACAUCGGCAAUGCCUCAAAGAUCGACGAGUACCGGUUGCAGGCGACUGCCAUCAUCCAGUCGCUGAUGAGCUCCAACUGGGCUCGUGUCGUCGUCGCCAUCACUAACCACACCGACAACGAGCAUGGAGAUCCAUUUAUUGGGUACGAGGGCAACAAGAAGUCAUACGUUUCGGCACGCGUUCACUCUGUUCUCGAUGUUCUGCUUUCACCUUGGCAUCCCCUGAUUCAUGGUGCCGCGGAAUCAUACUUAUGGCUGUUUUCGUGUGGCGCGCUCAUCAACAACGUCACUUCCUUUUCAGGCUUGCAACAGGCGGUCAUAGAUCAUCGCAUCACAGCCACUAUUGGCUUUAAUGCUGUUCGUUUUCAGCCGAGUUUCGCCACCCACCUUUUGCUCGCAUUCGCGGAGCUGGUCAUCAUCGAGUGUUUGCCCAUUCACAUCGUCUUCCCUGACAUGUUGGGCCAGUCCUACAAACUUGGGCGCCACACUGACGUGUUCUUGCUGAUGCCUGACAACUCAGGUUCGUUGGCCGUUACCAAGUUCGCCUGGACGCAUUCCCAACUUCGCCCCUGGGGUCAGUACCUGCCGGUCCAGUGCCCACAGUGUGGGUGGAGUAACGCCUGGUGUUCUGUCAACAUGCACAAAGAUUACAUCUUUGAAUGCAAGAAUGGCCAAUGUAGGAAAAAGAUCCUUUUGCCAGGCAAAAGACCUGGCUCCUGCUGGAUUUCGGUUGUCUUGAGGCCCAUGCCUAGUGUCCCUGAUGAGGAUGAGGAUUAG